AUGGAGAACUCUCGGGUACGCAUAUCCGAUCUGCCGCCUCAACUCUGGCCACUCAUUGGAAAACGCCUUGAUAAUUACAUCGACAUUGUCCGACUUCCCAGUGUAUGUCGAUCUUGGCGUUCUUCCCUUCCUCCAUUGAACGCCAUUUCUCUUCUUUCAUCUGAUCUCCUUGUUUCUCACCCCUUCGGUCAUCGAAUUGAAGCCGCUUUAGUUAUCCGAAGGAUAAUCUGUGCUAAAUCAUAUAUUCUUAGAUCCACUAUUGGAGGUAUUCUUCCCAUAAAUAAGGUUGUAAUUUUCCCUGAUUCUGCUUGGAUCGAUGUGAAGAAGACCUCCAUUAUUGUAGCAGUUAACAUAGAUGGAAAAUUAGGGUAUACUAAAUAUGGGGAUUACAAAUGGACGCUGAUUGGUAGCCCUAAUAUUCAAUUCGCUGAUCUAAUUAAACAUUUGAUCGAGUGUGGGGGAGAAAUUUAUGUGGUGGAUCGGUUUUUGGAGCAGAAGAAGGAUUCGGAGUUAUUGACUUCUUGCUUUAAUGAACCGAUGGCAACAGUGGUUGAUUUCAAAGUGCAUAGGCUGGAUCAAGAGAUCAUGGGAAGAUCAAGAUGGGUGGAGGUUAAGAAUUUGGGGAAUCGUGCGUUCGUUGUAGGGCACAAUUGUUUCUUGGUUUUAGCUGCUGAUUUUGAAGGAUUUAAAGAGAAUUACAUAUAUUUUUCCGAUGAACUACAAUCUGAUUUCGGCUAUGGCUUUAGUACUCAUGUACUCGAUCUUGAGGAAAGGACAAUUGUGAAAGCUUCUCCACAAAUUUUCAAGGCACCGCCGAUUUGUCUUCGUUGUUAG